AUGAGCGAAGACAGCUGGAUUAUUGAGCUUCUUAAGAAAGAAGCAGAAGAGAAGGAAAUAGAAUAUAAACGUAUUGGAAUUAAAGCUUUUCUUAAAAAAAAAAGAUCAGGUCCUAUAUCACGAGGAUUAAAUAAAGAAUUUUUGACAAGAAUAAUUAAAGAUACAGAUGCACAUAAUGAUGCACUUAUUCGUAAAGAAAUGUAUCAGGCAAAAAAACGUUUACAGGAACUUUAUCGUUGUAAUUCUAGUCACGAUAGAGUGAUUAAGGAAAAUAAAGAGGUCGGAAAAUCAAUAACAAAAGGAAGAAAAAAGUGUUUUAAAGUGAAUUUAUCAGAUAAUAAUGAUUCAGAAAAAAAAAACCAACAAGAAAAAAAAUUUUUAUCAAAUAAGGAAAAAUCGCCGUCAAUCGGACCUGAGUAUCCUUUAAUAUCAAGGGAGGGGAAUGAUGAUGGUUUUUAUUCGUCAGGAAAAUCAAUGCUUGAUACACAUUUUGACCCAAAUUAUAAUCCAAGACUUGACGUUGCAAUUUCUUCAAAUGAAAAUAAUGACUUGGAUAAAGAAUUUGAAACUAUGGGGAAUAGUCCACUAUGGAAGAAAUUAGUGUCUCGAAAUUUGCUACAAACUGACUUUUCUCAAAAGAUAAUUUCAGAAAUGAAACACGAAGAAUCGUUUCCUGUUUAUAGUAAAGGAUUAAGAGAAUGGGAUAGAGGAAAGGUAGUCUGGGAAGAUGGGAGCAUUGGACUAGAGGCUGUUGGCUGGCCUAAAACAUAA